CCUUGCGUGCGGAAAUAUGGCGGCUGCGGUGGUAGCCUGACGGAGGUUUAAAUUUUCUUGCUUCCAAUGAAAGAGCUAAGAAAAUACAUGGAGAAAAGAAAAUGGCAUUGACCGAGUGCUUGCUAAUCGCCCGCGUUGGAUAGGUGUGGCGAAAACGACUUGACAAGCACACUGACAGAGACGGGAAAGACGAUCUGUGCCUAAGCUAACUUUAGGAAAGGGUACCCGGGGUCCGGGUACGCUUGAGCCCGGGAGAAGAGCUCCAGAGGACGGAAACACUGGACACGGAAGUUGAAGAAAGAAAGGCAGUGGGGGUGGGGUUGUAUCGGUCUCCAGUCCUGCGUGGGUUUGUCAAGAUCGAUUCGGUCGAGUUUCUGAGGUGGAGACACUACUACCUAGCUAAUGUUCGCUAACUGCAGUCGCGACUGUGUUAACGUUAUCCUACUAGCUAUGAUAGCAAGUUUACUUCCAGCGCUGCAUAACUCGACUAGCUGGAAUUAGCCCGGCAACAGUAAACAAAGUGUUUAUCGCUAGCCCACUUAGCAAUAUAGCACUGCUUUCAUUGCUCAGUGAUAGCGCAUAGCGUCAGCUGAAGUUUUGAGUUGAUCAGAAACGCAACACACUAGAGCACAAAAGUUCUUAACAUGAAUGCACAGCAUUUAAUGUCAGCUACCUAACGGUAAGCGUUCAGGGAAAAGGUUGUUAUUAACAGUACUAUUUCUCUGUUGUGGCGAGCAAGCUAUGACUACUGACAUUUGCCAAGAAUAAGCUUCACCCACCAGUUGCACAUUCAGUGGGCCGCGAUCUAAUACUAAAAUCUAACGCUGGCUAGCCACUUAACGUUGCAAUAGAGUGAAACUAGUUUACAGCAGGCUAAUUGGCCAGGAUUAGUCAAAUUAACCGGAACUUUGAUGAGCUAUUCUGUGACAAGGUGAUACUGAGUUUUAACAGCAACUUACUCGACUGGUUUUUGGUAGGUAAUUGGCUACCCAAAGGUCGUUGUUGCCUUUCUGUAUUUGUGCUGGAAUUGUGAUUUUAAAUCAAGUCCAGUAUCAAACGUGACACGGAAGGGACGCAUUCAGUGAAAUGUCUCUUGGUAGUUCCAUACACUGUGAUGCACGUGUUGUUUUUAAAACUUUAAAUCAUGAAUCCCAUUGUCAAGGCCUGUUACCGUUGACUACUAAUUUUGUGCUAUUGUGUGUACCAUUAGAUACAUUUCAGUCAUAGGGACGGAUAUGGGUCGUUUUCUUUUGACUGACAGCUAGCUGAAGCUUAACAGUUUGGAAACGAAUAUGCCGAUUUAUUUCAGGUUAGAACACACAAAUUCAAAUAUUCAAACAAUGUAAACUAAUGCACCGUGUUGCCUUGCGACGUAAGGAAAGAUUUCUGCAAGGUGUGCGUUUAUGUAUCACGACUGUUGUGCCUUCUUAAAGCAAGUGCCUGAUCCAAAGUCUUCGGGCCUACCGCCAUAGUGACUGUUUAAAUGGUUGGACUGUAGUUGGUUAUACUCGAUAGCCGUAUAUAAAAUGAGAAUGUCAUUUUAGUUGUGGAUAUCCGUGGUGCUUGCUGGGUUGCUCAAUGCUAAAUUGUUACUAUUACUAGGAAUGACACUCAUUUCUAAAUUUCAGUCUCAACAAGCGACAGAGCAGCAGCGUGUCUUUGGCUUUGGGUUAGCACAUGUGGGUUUUGGGUGUUAACCGAAUAUCAGUGUUCUUAUUAUGACUUCGGACUCCUCUGUGCGUUAGUCUCAGACAUAACCAGGCGUGUAGUAUCUGUUUUCACACCACAGGUAAAUGGACUUGUGCUUUUAAGCCAUUCAGCCGAAUAUCAUUGGCCUUGUGCCCCUGACAUAAAAGCAGCUGUUUCUGAGGGGGGUUUAAAAACAAGACGCUAGACUGUUGCCAAGAUACCGAACCGCAGUCCCGCCGGAUUGAAUGUAGCGUUAGACGCUGAAGGCGCUCGGUGUCAGUGGGCCCGGGGAAGCACGUGCAUGACUCUGAGCCGGAGUCCCCGCAUCGCCCGCGUGUGUCGGAACCGUCCGGCGCCAGCAGCGCCCCGCGGCCGGGGAGCAGAGCGCGGGGGAGGCCCGCGCCCGAGCGGUCCAUGAACGUUGAGGAGCGUCGGGCGGGACACAUCGGGAAUUUCGGGCCUCUUUUUCCGCCCUUUCCGCGGCCAGAUCUCGCCUCCCCCCCUCCCUCCUCCUCCCCGUGUCCCCGCCCCGCCGCUGGCUGCCCUGACCGCCGGACCGCCAGAGACCCCCUGCGCGGCUCCCGGCUGCGGCCCGGCGCUCCGCCUCCAUGGGGCAGCAGCCGGGGAAGUUCGUAGGGGACCAGAGGCGCCCGAGCCUGCCGGCGCUGCACUUCAUCAAAGGCCGGCGGGAGUCAUCCCGCCAUGGGGCCCCGCACUGCAACGUCUUCACCGUGCACGAAGCUCUCCAGCGCCCGGAUUUCGAGCCCCAGGGUCUGACGGAGGCGGCCCGCUGGAACUCCAAAGAGAACCUGCUGUCGGGACCCAGCGAGAAUGACCCCAAUCUGUUUGUGGCCCUGUACGACUUUGUGGCGAGUGGGGACAACACGCUCAGCAUCACUAAAGGGGAAAAGCUGCGGGUCCUGGGCUACAACCACAAUGGCGAGUGGUGCGAGGCCCAGACCAAGAACGGCCAGGGCUGGGUGCCUAGCAACUACAUCACGCCGGUCAACAGCCUGGAGAAGCACAGCUGGUACCACGGGCCGGUGUCUCGCAACGCGGCUGAGUACCUGCUGAGCAGCGGCAUCAACGGCAGCUUCCUGGUGCGCGAGAGCGAGAGCAGCCCGGGCCAGAGGUCCAUCUCCCUGCGCUACGAGGGCCGCGUCUACCACUACCGCAUCAACACCGCGUCCGACGCCAAGCUCUACGUGUCCUCGGAGAGCCGCUUCAACACGCUGGCCGAGCUGGUGCACCACCACUCCACGGUGGCGGACGGCCUCAUCACCACGCUGCACUACCCGGCGCCCAAGCGCAACAAGCCCACCAUCUAUGGCGUCUCGCCCAACUACGACAAGUGGGAGAUGGAGCGCACCGACAUCACCAUGAAGCACAAGCUGGGCGGCGGCCAGUACGGCGAGGUCUACGAGGGCGUCUGGAAGAAGUACAACCUCACCGUGGCCGUCAAGACGCUGAAGGAGGACACCAUGGAGGUGGAGGAGUUUCUGAAGGAGGCGGCGGUGAUGAAGGAGAUCAAACAUCCCAACCUGGUCCAGCUGCUCGGCGUGUGCACGCGGGAGCCGCCCUUCUACAUCAUCACGGAGUUCAUGACCCACGGCAACCUGCUGGACUACCUGCGCGAGUGUAACCGCGAGGAGGUGAACGCCGUGGUGCUGCUCUACAUGGCCACGCAGAUCUCCUCCGCCAUGGAGUACCUGGAGAGGAAGAACUUCAUCCACAGGGAUCUGGCUGCGCGGAACUGUCUGGUCGGGGAGAACCACCUGGUGAAGGUGGCGGACUUUGGGCUGAGCCGGCUCAUGACCGGGGACACCUACACGGCACACGCGGGCGCCAAGUUCCCCAUCAAAUGGACCGCUCCGGAGAGCCUGGCCUACAACAAGUUCUCCAUCAAGUCCGACGUGUGGGCGUUCGGGGUCCUGCUGUGGGAGAUCGCCACCUACGGGAUGUCCCCGUACCCCGGCAUCGACCUGUCCCAGGUGUACGAGCUCCUGGAGAAGGACUACCGCAUGGACCGGCCCGAGGGCUGCCCCGAGAAGGUCUACCAGCUCAUGAAAGCCUGCUGGAAGUGGAACCCGGCCGAGAGGCCGUCCUUCGCCGAAACACACCAGGCCUUCGAGACCAUGUUCCAGGAGUCCAGCAUCUCAGACGAGGUGGAGAAGGAGCUGGGGAAGAAGGGGCGGAAGGUGACUCUGGGCCCCGCCCAACAGGCCCCUGAGCUGCCCACCAAGACCAGAACCCUGCGGAGGAACGUGGACAACAAGGAUGGAGACGGGCUAGAUGUAGCAGAGCCCGAGGUGGCGGUCUCGCCCAUGCUACCCCGGAAGGAGAGGGUGUUCCUGGACAGCAACCUGAACGAGGACAAGGACAAGGACAAGUCCAAGACCAGCAUCUUCAGCCUCAUCAGGAAGAAGAAGAAGACGGCGGCGCCCACGCCGCCCAAACGCAGCAGCUCCUUCCGCGAUGUGGACGGCCACCUGGACCGCCGCGCCGGGAUGGUGGCGAUCGACGGCCGGGACGACUUCAACAACGGCUCCCUGGUCGGGGACGCCCAUCCCGUCGACCCCAGCAAGUUCCUGAGCACCAACAACAACGGCGGCGGCGGCAUCACCAACGGGGCCCCCCUGUACCCGGGGCCCUUCCCGCCGCAGGCUCGCAGGAAGGGCGGCCCCGCGCCGUCCGGUGUCGGGGCGAGUAAGGGGGCGGCUGCCCCGCCGGGGGAGGAGGACCCCGUGUCCAACUCCAAGCGGUUCCUCCGCUCGUCCUCGACCUCCAGCGUGCCCCCCGGGCCGGACCGCACCGAGUGGAAGUCCGUGACGCUGCCCCGCGACCCGCAGUCCCGCCACCACUUCGACUCGGGGACCUUCGACAGGCGCCGCGACAAGCCGGCCCUGCCCCGCAAGCGGGUGGGCGAGCAGAGGGCCGACGGCGCCCCGCCCCGCUCGGGAGCGCUCACCCCGCCCCCGCGGCUGCCCAAGAAGGCGGAGGAGCCGGCGGACGACGUGUUCCGGGACGGCGAGUCCAGCCCGGGGUCCAGCCCGCCCAGCCUGACGCCCAAGCUGGGCCGCCGGCCCCAGGGGGCGAGCGACCCGGGCGAGGCGUCCCGCACCAGCGCCCUGCAGGCCGAGCUGCUCAAGCCCAACGUGUUCCCCGCCAUGGGCGCCGCCGGGCAGGAGUGCCGCGCCCGCCGUAACAAGCACGGCCCCGACCAGUCCCAGCACAGGGACCGCGGAAAGUUCCAGAAGCCCAAACCGGCCCCGCCACCCCCGCCGUCCUCUUCCAAGUCCGGGAAGGCCUCCUGGAGCCCCACCCACGAACUCCCCCCGACAGACGGCAAAAGCAAGGCCGCCCCGCACCUCGACCCGUACCCCGGUGGCUCCAACCCGGCUGAACAGGGGCGAGCCCCACCACCGCCGCCGGAGGCCAGCAAAAAACCCAGCCUGACCUCCGCCCCCAAACUCCCGCCUCCCAAAACCGGGUCCCCCACCUCCGCCCCCGCCCAGCCGCCGCCCCUCGGCGGGGAGCAGGCGAACCCCACGUCCUUCAUCCCCCUCAUCACCACCCGCCGCUCGCUGCGCAAGACCCGCCAGCCCGCGGAGAAGCAGCCCAGCCCCGCCGUCACCCGGGAGAUGGUGCUGGAGGGCACCGAGCGGCUGCGGACCGCCAUCGAGCGCAACUCGGAGCAGACGGGCAGCCACGGCGCCGUCCUGGAAGCGGGCAAGAACCUGUCCAAGUACUGCGUCAGCUACGUGGAGUCCAUCCAGCAGAUGAGGAACAAGUUCGCCUUCCGCGAGGCCAUCAACAAGCUGGAGCAGAGCCUGCGGGACCUGCAGAUCUGCCCCGCCACCACCGGGGGCAGCGCGCAGCAGCAGGACUUCGCCAAGCUGAUGUCCUCCGUCAAGGAGAUCAGCGACAUCGUGCAGAGGUAGCGCUGUGGGAAAGGCGCUGGAGGGUGGGGCUGGGGGGGGGUGUGCCUCCAAACUGUCUACGGCGGUCCGGCGGCCCGGACUGUGUCGGUCCAGAGCGUGAGCAGGGGCGUGGGCGGGCCGGGAGGGCCAGCUCGUAGCGUGAAGCUCACUGACAUUCCUUCCCUCGUUGCCUGAUAGAUGGUAUUUUAAGAAAAAAAAAAGAAAAACAAGGAAAAAAAAUGAAAGCAAAAAACAGGGCAGGGUUCUGUGCACAGAAUCAACAGAACCUUUUAACCUUUUCUGUUGUGUCUGGGUUUUUUGAAACACAAAAACAAAAUAUCUUACAGAAACAAAUGCAACACUGCGUUUUAAAGCCUUGGCUAAAAGGCUUGUGCUUGAGUCUGCAUUCACUUGAAUUGUUUUUAAUUGGUUUACCGGUCCAUAUUUUCCUUAUGAAUAUUUCAAAUGAAUAUUACUGCGAAUAAAGCCAUCAUGCUUUUUUAACGGUCUGCUGUGAGGAGGAUGGCCUACAUUCCUCGUUUGAGUCUCAUUUGUCGAGUUCUUGCCUGAUGCGUGUGGGGGAGGUUUCUUUAUUUCCAGAGCACCGUGGACGUGUAUGCCUUUGGACAGUUGCCUUCUGGGACAGGGCGAGAGCGAAGGAAAGAGAGGUGUUUUAGCCGUGUCACUCACGGGGUACGCAGCACCGGAGUCUGUGUGAGACUGAACUGCCUUUGAGAACGUUCCGGAGGCAGGGAGUUCCCCCAAAGGUCGUGACCUUUUUCCGUUUCCCUUCCCCUGUCACGGCCGCCGACGCGUCGUUAAAAACGCGGACGUUUUUUUUUUCGCGGGGCUGGGAUUGGACCGGGUGCCUUCACUGAAAUCGCUGCAAUAUUACGCCAAGGAGAGGACCUGGGGGCGGAGAGGCCGCCGUCUUCUCUGCGCCGUCCUCCGAACGCACUCGUGCCUUAACCGUCUACAGGGCCGCCGUCCAGGAACGCGGGACCACCGGCGGCCCGGCCGGAGAGUCGGGACCCUGAUGGACGGUCCUGUUACUUUUGUUUAUGGUUUGUGUUAAGAAUUCAGUACGUCUCUCACGUUUGCCGACAGUGUGGAAGCCUGACUGACGCCUCAUCACGUAACCCAACACACUACUGUCUCCAGGAGGUCUGGGGAACGACCAGGAAUAAACUCAAACUAUUGUA